UAGGAGAGGUGGAAUUAGGAAACGGAAAUGAAUGAAGCGAUAGGAUGAAAUAUGGUGAGAAUGAUGGAUAGCUAAGAUUAAGACUUAUCCUUUGAGGUGUGGGAAAUCAUAUCCCAAACCUAUUUUCCAAACAUGACCAUAGUACUAAUCUCUCCACCUAAAUACCAUCCUAUAUAAGCCACGCGCUGCGUGUGUCAGUGUCACCGCGCACACGCCUUCAAUUAUUAUUUGCCAAUGGCUUUCUCGGCUUCCAUCUUCUCCUUUUACUCCUUCGCCGUCGCCGCCGUCCUCUUGGUAGGCACGGCGGCCGCCAGGCCAGCCACGUCCGCCGUCGUGGCUCGUGGCACCAAUGCCACGGCGGCCGCCGCCAACGCAACCGUGAUGGCGCGCCGCGGCCGCUCCUCGCCGCUAUCGACGGCGACGACGGAGGAGGAGCAGCAGUACAUCUGCUACCUCUGCCGCGGGCGCAACACGCUGAUGAUCAGCUGGUGCCCCCUCGACAAGGACGAGUGCCACAUCGCCUGCCUCUCGUCGCCGUCGUCGGCGUCGCGCUCCUCCUCCUCGUCUCCGCCGCGCGCGCUGCCUUUUUCCGCCGCCGACGACGAUGGCGGCGACAACGGCCGGGGCGGGGGCCACGACGACUGCUACGUCAUGAAGGUGUACCCUGACGGCAGCUGGGUCGUCGUCGACGUGGUCAGCUGCCAGGCGUCCGCGGGAUGCUACCUCGUGUGCAGCUACGGCGACGCGCUGCCGUCGUCGUCGUCGUCGGGCGCCGCUUCCGGCGAGAUCACCCCGGCCGCCAUCGGUAGCCCGCUGCCGCGCGGCCUGACCGAGUUCGAGCGGUGCGGCGACCAGCGCUAGCCGUGCCCGGGUGCCGCCGUCCGCGAGCCCAUGUCGACAACGCGUACGUGCCGUUUGAUGAUCCGAUCCGACGAAUGUAACGUUGGACAUAGCACUAAACCUCGUGUCAAUCUGUGCAUAAAUAUAUAGGCAGUAUGGUAGAGAGAAAACCAAAAGAAAUUCAAGCAAGCAAAACAAAUAAAAAUAAUAAUACGAGUAACACUUUAGGUUUCACAAUUUUUUUUCAGGAAGUAGUAGUUAAUGUGGAAGAAUCAACCAGCUCAUAUUUGCAAACUACGAUCUGUCUCUGUUAACCAAAUUACGAGUGUGUGUUCUUGGGAUAAAUUCACAGCCGUUUAAUUUCUUACUGAUCGGAUCGAUCUUGCGGCUUGCGGCAGCAACACGAGAAGUCUCCUCGUUCUAUGGCUAAAAACGUCCCAACCUGCCGUUUCGGUGGUUUGUUUUUUGGUAAAUGGCUGCGGCAGCACAACACACUUUGCUUGUUGCUCACCACUUUCAAACAGAAUCCAUUGCUUCCUGGGCUUGCUAAUUAACCGUGUCCACCGCUGACAAAUAGUACCAUCCACCGCCGGAGCGCGUAGUUGCUGAACAGCUGAAUUAGUAAAUCACUAUUCCACUACUGAUUUGCACUACAUUUGUUUGCUGUUCAUAGCGAUAUGCGUAGUCUACGUGCAUGUACUAUGUUUUUUUUUUGAAAGGGAUAUGUACCGGGUAUUCAUGAGUAUGAACCUUGUUAGAAAAUUUGU